AUGAAACUGAAACUCAAGAAGUUCAGUGACUUGCGCAAGAGAAAGGACGGCCGGGCGGCUGCGGUGAGCGCACCGGUGCCCAGCAGGUGGCGCUGCGGCCCGGAGCCCUCCCGGCGACGCUCCGACGCAGGGCGCGGCCACGCAGCCCCCUUCCUCCCGCCCGGGCGGCCCACCCGGCCCGGCUCUGCGCACACCGGACGCUUUGCCCUGGGUUCGUCUCCAUCUCGGGUCUUGGCCCGCGCACCGGGCCGCCCCACCACAGCGGGCGGCACGGCAUUCCCCGGUGUUCGGGCCCGCGGCUGGGUGAAGGCCGCCAAGAUGGCCCAGAAGCGCCGCCUCGCGGAGGACGCGGGAGGACCCCGGGGUCCUACGCCCGGGAGCCAGCGCGCAGCACUUUACGUCCACUGGCCCUACUGCGAGAAGCGCUGCAGUUACUGCAACUUCAACAAGUACAUCCCCCGCGGCGUGGAUGAGGCUGCCAUGAGACGCUGUCUGGUGACCGAGGCUCAGACGCUGCUGCAACUCAGUGGGGUGCGGCGAGUGGAGUCUGUGUUCUUUGGUGGGGGUACCCCCAGUCUGGCCAGCCCCCACACUGUGGCAGCUGUCCUGGAGGCAGUGGCCCAGGCAACUCACCUGCCUGCAGACUCUGAAGUCACAUUGGAGGCCAACCCCACUUCGGCCCCAAGCUCCAGGCUGGCAGCAUUCCGGGCAGCAGGAGUCAACAGGUUGUCCAUUGGCCUCCAGUCCCUAGAUGACACUGAGCUCCAGCUGCUGGGGAGGACACACUCGGCCAGUGAUGCUCUGCAGAUGCUGGCGGAGGCCCGGCGCCACUUCCCGGGGCGUGUUUCUGUGGACCUGAUGCUGGGGCUGCCGGCACAGCACGUGGGGCCGUGGCUUGGGCAGCUGCAGAAACUGCUGCACCACUGUGAUGACCAUGUGUCCCUCUACCAGCUGUCCCUGGAGCGGGGCACCGCCCUCUUCACCCAGGUGCAGCAGGGCUCCCUUCCUGCCCCUGACCCCGAACUUGCCGCUGAGAUGUACCAGGAGGGACGGGCAGUCCUUCGGGAGGCUGGCUUCCGCCAGUAUGAGGUCUCCAACUUCGCCCGGAAUGGGGCGCUUAGUACCCACAACUGGACUUACUGGCAGUGCGGUCAGUACCUUGGCGUUGGACCUGGAGCCCAUGGGCGAUUUAUACCCCAGGGGGCUGGGGGCCACACCCGAGAGGCUCGGAUCCAGACCCUGGAGCCUGACAACUGGAUGAAGGAGGUGAUGCUGUUUGGUCACGGCACCCGGAAGCGCAUCCCCCUGGGCGAGCUGGCGCUUCUGGAGGAAGUUUUGGCCAUGGGACUACGCACAGAUGUGGGGAUCACUCACCAGCACUGGCAGCGGUUUGAGCCCCAGCUGACCUUGUGGGACGUGUUUGUAGCCGACAAGGAGGUGCAGGAGCUGCUGGAGCAGGGCCUCUUGCUGCUGGAUCACAGGGGUCUUCGGUGUUCCUGGGAGGGGCUGGCUGUGCUGGACUCUAUGUUGCCGACCCUUCUAUCUCGGCUCCAAGAGGCCUGGCAGCAGAGAACUCCCUCCCCUGUGCCAGGAGGAUAACCACAUGUUCCUGUGUCCCAGUGACACUGCCAUCUCCACUGGCAGGUGCUGUCCUGGCUCUGGUGACUGCCCAGCCCUGGCAUCCCCAGGGGAAUGGCUACAGUGAGGCAGAUUAGAGGACAUUUCUGGUCUGGGAACUGGCAUCAAGUGUACCCACCACUGCCAGAGAAGGAGUAAUGGUUUCUGUGGGUGCCUCUCAUCAGUAGACUCUAAACAAAUCCUGGUUGGCAAGAGAGAUUCUGAGAAAUAGAGCUCUCAGGCUUCCUGCUCCUGCAGUACAGGACAGGACAUUUAUGUCCAGCACAGCAGCCUGCUGGACUCUGAGAACAGUGGGAAAGAUCAGAGCAAGGCUUGCCUCUUCUCUUUCGGCAGCCAGGAUAUGUUUGGGUGUCAGGAGCCUCACAGUACUUCCAGAGUGGCCCCCAGUCCCCUCCCCACUGCAGCCUUUUCCCUUGAGAGAGUGAAGGUGGGGGGAGUUAAGAGGGAAAGGGGAGGGGAGAAUUCAGGAAAGAUCAGAGCCUGGUAAUUCUCCCCUGGCCUUAAUAAACCCAUCU